AACUCGAUACGCAUGCCUGCCAUAUAGCGCACUUGAAUGUAUUGUAUACGUCAACUGGCAGACAACCGAAAUGUGGCAAAAUAAGAUGAAUGUAAUUUUUCUUCAAUCUGGGCAACUCUAAUAUGAACUGAGCAGAAAGUGCAGUGUGAUGGUUAUGGUGUUAAUGAUGGAAUCGCAAUGCGAAUACUUUAUGUAUUUCCCGGCCGUCCCCAUCUCAGACCUGUCGGACCCGGCCAAAUACCGGACGCUUCCGCGUCGCAGUCACCUUUAUCUGGGGGAAACUGUGCGCUUUCUCCUGGUUUUGCGCUCGAGCACUACGGCAGCUGAUGGCAGCGGCUCGGAGCAUCACAACAGCCGCUCUUGGAGGGAGCUGGCCGGCUCUCUCUGCGCCGUGGCCAGCGUUAGCCCGGGCGACAACCGACAGCGGACACAGCCUCUGUAUCACGACUACCACAGCAGCGGGGACGAGUGUGUGGAGGAUACGGACGAUGAUGAUGCUGCGGAGGUGGGCUGCGCAGGUAGAGGGGGCCCGAGGUACCGGGGCUUCAGGGAAUGCAAGCCGCUCCUCAUUCACAACAACCCCGGCAACGGCGUGAGGGAAUUCCGCAAGGCUCCUGUGCAGUCUCCUGUAGAUGAGCCAGUUGUUUUAAGCGAUGAGGUCAUCUUCCCUCUGACUGUAUCCCUGGAUAAGCUCCCUGUCAACACUCUCAAAGUGAAGAUAAUUGUGACUGUGUGGAAGCAAGAAGAGGAGAAAGCUGAGAUCCAAGAACAUGGCUACCUCAGCAUCCUCCAGCAAAAGAGCCCCUGCCAAACGUUCCGCCAGGAUCUAAACACCUUCAAAGCGCAGGUCAGCACCACACUCAACGUCCUGCCCCCUCCCGCAGUGAAGUGUCAGCAAAUGACAGUUUCUGGGAGACACUUAACUGUGCUCAAAGUGUUAAACGGGAGUUCUCAAGAAGAAGUGUGUGUGCGUGACGUCAAGAUUUUUCCCAACUUCAAUGCUUCAUACUUACCAGUGAUGCCAGAUGGCUCGGUGCUGCUGGUGGACAAUGUUUGUCAUCAGUCAGGAGAAGUUGCCAUGGCAUCAUUUUAUAGAAUGGACAGCGAGUCUAGCCACCUUCCCAGCAUGCUCAGUGCUCUAGAGGAGCAGAACUUUCUCUUCCAGCUGCAGCUCAAUAACCAGCCACAAGAUGAUUCAACUGAGGGACUGGAGGUGCCAUUAGUUGCAGUCUUACAGUGGUCUACUUCUAAACUGCCCUUCACCAACUUUAUCUACACUCACUAUAGUCUCCCCAGCGUGAGACUGGACCGGCCGCGCUUUAUUAUGACCGCCAGCUGUCCCAGUGCGGUCAAGGCCCGUGAGCAUUUCCGAGUGCGAUAUACCCUCCUCAACAACUUGCAGGACUUUCUGGCAGUCCGACUAGUCUGGACGCCUGAAGGUCGUGGACAGAAAGAGGAUCCUGCGGUGAAUGCAGUGGUGUGUCAUUCUCCUCUCAGUAACCUGGGUUACUGUCGAAAAGGCAGUACCCUCUCCGUCAGUGUGGCUUUCCAGAUACUCAGAGCAGGCCUUUUUGAGUUGAGUCAGCACAUGAAACUGAAGCUACAGUUCACAGCAUCCGUGUCCAACCCUCCCCCUGAUGCCCGUCCUUUGUCCCGCAAGAACAGUCCGUCGAGUCCAGCGGUCAGAGACAUUCUGGACCGACAUCAGGCCAGUCUCAGUCUGGGCCGCUCUCAGUCCUUCUCUCACCAGCAACCAUCCAAGUUUCACCUCACAAGGACAGGCAGUGUUAUGGAGCGCAGGGCCAUCACCCCUCCCGUGGGCUCUCCUGUUGGUCGGCCGCUGUACCUCCCUCCAGACAGGAACAUUUUGUCACUUGACAAAAUAGCCAAGCGUGAGUGCAAGGUGCUGGUUCUGGAUUCACACACCUAAAUGCACACGCACCCAGGGAGAGGAGUUACGGAUAUUCUCAAACUUUGGGGGAGAAUCAUGUGUCAUGAAGUAGUGUAAUUGGAAAAAUGGUUUAAUGUCCAUUGUCUUUCAGUUUCUAUUCUAUAGGUAUUUAUUUUGUUCUUUUUACCAGCAUUUAUUGUUUACAUGCUGUGCAGUGUGAUUAUUUUAAAUAAUUUCGAUGCAAUUUAUGUUCAGCUACUGACAAUUUUGACUGAAGGAAUGAAAAGAAAGCAUAAACACACAGGGUUUUUAUUGUUUAUAGGACGUUUCGCUGGAGUCAAGAAGUUCUGAAAGUAAAAAAGUGUAUUUAUGACUGUUUAAGGGAAGAAUGGAUGGUUAUGGUUACCCAGACAACAACAUAGUGUCGGCCCAGAUCCCACCCACAUCUGGUACGGAUGGAAUCCACAUGUACCAGAUGUUGCCCGGAUCUGGGCCGACACUAUGUUGCUGUCUGGGUAGUCAUGCACAGAUCAACAUGGAAUCUGCGCGCUCAGAAAUUUCAGAUUUCUGAAGAAACUAAAAUUUCUCAAAGGAUGUUGGUUUAAUAGUUAAAUAGUUUGGCUAUUUUGGUAACGUUUUUAGCUACCAAUUAGAGUCUAACAUUCCAUGAAACCCAUUUUGCUCUUUAAAUCCAUUCUGUAAAACUGUCCUCAAAAAUCAGUGCAGACAAUAUGAAGUCAAUUUUACAAUCCUAUUGUGAAAGCAUGUAACAUGCGAAUGUACG